ACAGAUAUCGUUGUGGCGUCUGCGGUUCGCUUUUAGCACGAUUCUCACCCGGGAAGAUUAUAUUAUACAGUCCCGUAUCGUCCGGGGGCUUAUCGACUAUUCUAUAUAGACCAGUCGAAAAUACUAUUAUUAUUAUACACAUAGCUUUGCGCGUACAUUGUAUUUGAUUUCGUCUAAUUCGACGGCGAUAAUGCGUAUCGAAGAGCAAACUUUCGAUAGGCCUCAGAAUUUAAGAAUCUGUAAUACGAGAGCUAACGGAGCUGCGUUACGUUAAUUUCUAUUUAUUUUCCUGUUGACUGGUUUAUUUCGAAAAUUAGUCCGCGUGCGCGAUAACGAGGGUGGGUAAAGAAUUAUUCAUUCGUACUCGAGUUAAUUUGUCGCAGGUGUAAGUGCAUGCGAUUUUCGACUAUUUUUUACCCGAAAUGAUCAAUUCGGUACUUUUUUUGGCUUCUCUCGAGUGAUAUAUGAGCGGGGGUUCCCGCGCUUUCAGGUUAGGUUAGGUUUGUUUGUUUUGCCGUUACCGCGGCAGUUGCUUCAAAACACUGCCGUCAACCGUUGAGCUCUGUGAGCUAACCAAAUUCCCGCUUACAAUGGCUACAGGAAAGGAUUUAAUAGACGCCAUCAGAACUUCUUUGGAAGCCGACGGAGAACUCGGUCAGAUAAAGGCUGAAAUGCGAACGAAGGUCAUGAAGCUGUUGGAAGGAUCACAGAGGUCCAGCGGGUCCAAGCUACCAAAGUCUCCUCAGGAAGUAUUGAUCCUCAACGAGCUCAUCAGGGAGUAUCUGGAUUGGAUGGGAUACAAAUAUACCUCUACAGUCCUGGUUUCAGAAUGCGAAUUAUCUAAGCAGCCUUUGGAUCGGAGUUUCAUUACCAAAGACUUGGGAACUGUGGAAACAGAAAAGACAAAAGAGUUACCAUUGCUUUUUUGUCUUGUAGAAACUUUCAAAGAGUUAAAGGGGGCAUAAAAUAAUCUUUAAGAAAUCGUACGAUUCAGCAGACAAUGAAUAAUCUCGUAAUGAAGAAAUUAUCAGUAUUAUCGUCUGGUGUGUAAUAAAUAAGUAUAAUUACUCAAUAUUUAUCAAGAA